UCUAAAAACGACGACCCCGUAAACUCAGGUCUUCUUCUUCUUCGAUUGAAACUCAAAUCCAAAUCCCUAAACAAAAAUUCCCAUUCACACCUACGUCUUCGGAAACAAGAACCAACAAAAAGAUCACCGAAACCCUAGCGGCCCCCACACACAAUGGACACCGGAGCGGCGGGCGCGAGUCUCGCCGCGGCCACCACCGCCGCCGCCGCGUCUUCAUCGGCGGACCCCUCUUCGUCUCAUGAACCAUCGCCAACGCCGCUCGACGCCGUCCAGGCCUGGACCGUCGGCGUGUCCCGCCGCUACCAGCACCUGCUCGACAAGUCGACGCCGCACGUCCUCCACCGCUGGCUCGGCACCCUCGCCGUGGCCUUGGUCUACGUCCUCCGUGUCUACCUCGUCCAGGGAUUCUACGUCGUGUCGUAUGGGCUAGGGAUCUACCUGCUCAACUUGCUCAUCGGGUUUCUCUCUCCUCAGGUCGACCCGGAGAUCCACGACCUCUCCGACGGCCCCACCCUCCCCACCCGCGGAUCCGACGAGUUCCGUCCCUUUGUCCGCCGCCUCCCUGAGUUUAAAUUCUGGUACUCGAUUACGAGGGCGUUUUACAUUGCAUUCUUGAUGACAUUUUUCGAUGCGUUUGACGUGCCGGUGUUCUGGCCAAUUCUUCUGUUUUACUGGCUGGUUCUGUUUGUUCUUACAAUGAGGAGGCAGAUUAUACACAUGAUCAAGUACAAAUAUGUUCCGUUUUCGAUUGGGAAGCAGCGGUAUGAUGGAAAGAAAGCUUCUGCGUCAGAAAGCGCAACCCUGCUACCUAGGGAUUAGAACCACCGUGCAGCGCUAUAGGCCUAUUGGAAGAUGUGCUGUGGAAGAAUAUUAUUCGAGAAGUAAGUCAGGCAGCUUGGGAGAUUGAUUAGUGUAUGCUUUUGGAAACUCUUGCUUAGGGCCCCUGUAAUAUUUUGCUAUGGGGAGAUGAAGUGGUGACUAAAGGCUUUUCUAUUUUUUUUUUCUUUCUUAGUGUUAAAAGAUCCAUUUGUAUAGAAGGGACAUGCUCUCUACGUUCCCAUCCCAAAUAAUCAAUUGAAUGGCAUGUACUCUUUAGAGUUUUGCAGUGAGGAUACUAGCCAUCCAAGGCAAUUGGGUUAUGCCACAUUUCUUGUACUUUAUCAUGGUUUUAGUUGAACCUGGAAAUUCUGGAAUUAAUGCCGACUCUUUUUCUUGAA